UAAAGGGGGACAACUAUUUUCUACACAAACGUAUUUUUUUCUAGCCUUUAUACCAUUUCAAGAUGACAAAUUCUGCAGCAAAAACAUUGUUGAAGAAUUACAUUAGGCAUGUUGGUAGUCACAACAAGAUUGUUGAGGAGGCUGAAAUGUGGAAGGAACAUCAUCGAUCAAAAGAAUUUGAAAAAGACAAUAAAUAUUCCUUUCUUCAGGAUAAAAGAGUAGAUAUGAAUGAUGACUUUUCCCGUAGAAAAAGUAAAAGAGCCCAUAUGGAUGAAGAACCUGAGAGUACAUUUUGUCUGAGACAGCUUUACAAGGCAGAAGACAAUGACCCUGAUAGGUGGGGUCAUAGCGGUUAUAAAGAAAUGUAUCCAAAAGAUUUUGACAGUGACAGAUCUGAGGAAGAAAAAUCACACAGGAAACCAAAGAAAACAAAAAAGAAAGGAAAACAUAAGAGAAAAGAAAAGAGAAAAAAGAGUAAAAAACACUACACUUCAGACUCUGAAUCAGAGAGUAAGAGAAAAAGAAGCAAAAAACAUAAAAAGCAUUCAAAACGAAAAAAGACGAAGGGGUCAGACUAUAGUAGUGAUAGUGAAUCAGAUGAUAAAAGCAAUAAACUGAAAGACUCUGACAAUUCAUCUAGAAAAAGGAAACAUUCAGAAAAUCAUGGCUUGAAAAAUGAUAAAUAUGACAAUCAUUCUGAGUCCCAUUCGAAGAGAACUAAACAUAAGCAGUCUAAAAAACAUUUAAGCGUGAACAAAUACUCUCAUAAAAAACACAAAAAGAAAUCUCAUGAAAGUAGUGGAAGUGAAUUUUCUGAUUCAGAAUCUCGCCAGAACAUUAAAAGAAAGAAAAGGAAAACAGACUGUGAUUUGUACGAUAAUAACUGUUCUUCUGAACUUAGAGCUGUUGAAAGAUUUAGGAGAGACAGUUUGUCGGACAGAAAAUUUGAAAAGAGUGUAUCAGAAAGUCCAGAUGACCGUCAAAUAUAUAAAGAGUCAUCCGUAGGGAGAAAACAUCGUAAGAGAUAUAGGAGUUAUUCAGGUUCAGAAUCGUCUGAUUCAGAUUAAUUUUAUGAUUUUCAGGGUAAAACUGUGUGGCAGCUGAAUUUUUUUAAAGUUAAUGAUAUCAGGUAGUGCAAUAGCUACAGUAUUAUUUUAAUUUAAAAAGCAUACAUGUAGUAAUAAAGACUAUAGUAUUUUUAUGUUUUUCGGUCUGUGCGUCCGUUCGUUCGUCCGUCCGUCUGUCCCGCUUCAGGUUAAAGUUUUUAGUCAAGGUAAUUUUUGAUGAAGUUGAAGUCCAAUCAACUUGAAACUUAGUACACAUGUUCCCUAUUAUAUUAUCUAUCUAAUUUUAAUGCCAAAUUAGAGUUUGACCCCAAUUUCACGGUCCACUGAACAUAGAAAAUGAUAGUGCGAGUGGGGCAUCUGUGUACUAUGGACACAUUCUUGUUAUGCAAGUCUUAGCAUUAACUAUGGUUAUAACUUGGUUAUUCUAUUUUAAGUACCAUAAUAAUUUUGGAAAGUGUUUUUUAAUAAUCCUAGUCUUAUUUACAUAUUUUAUAUUCAUUUUAAAAGAUAAUAUUACAGUAAUUAAUUUCUGAUUAUUUAGUGUACAUAUGUGUUAACGUCAAAUCAAUACUUUUAGUAGCAGGCUCCCAAGGAGUACGAUCCAAAAUGUUCUGUAACUGAACGACGCCAAUGAUGAUACUGAAUCCCUAGAGACAAAAAAUUUCUAGAACAGUGGCUGCGGCCAAAGUAAAUUAUGCUAAAAAUCUAUUAUAAAUUAUGAAAAAAUUGGACAAGAACUGAUGUUGCAACAUAAAUAAUGCAUAAUUAAGGGGUCAGUUAUUUAUCAUGCGAUGUGCCAAAAAGAAGUUAUUUUGUAUAAUAUGUAAUAGUAAUACAUAUGUACCAUAACUAUGUGAAAUUUGUAGUAUUUCAACCUUAUUAAAAAAAUAUUUAAAGUAUAAGGACCAAUUUAACCCUUUUUUAACCUACUCCUAUGUCAGCUUUGAAUCGUAAUACGAGUUCAGGACUGGCAAAUCAUAGCUUUACCAUACUUGUCAAGAAAACAUUUUUUUAUUAAAAAUUGCGUAAGAAAUGCAUGGUGUAUGAACCCAUUAUAAAAAUAGGUUCAACUACAAAUGUACAAUCAUGAACAAAGGAAGAUAACUCAACUCAAAUUUUGAAUUUGCCUAGCAAAAUAAAAUUCAAUGUUUUAUUUAAAAAUUCAUGAAAUUGCAAAAUGUAAGCAAUGCUCACAAGCACUUUGAUUAUACGAUAUGAAAGUUAAGGAAAAUAGCACAUGGGAUAUUGUUUAUCCUAGAUAAAACCACACUGAUUAUAUAUAAAAAUACCUAGACCUGCUAUAAACAGUUGUGCAUUAGAAUGAACUGGAGACUGUUAUUUUUGUUUUAUAUUCAUCUUUUAGAAAUACAGAUUCUGUGUCAAGGUUUUGCUUACAAGGAUCUGUCAGUUCUCUGUUUAAAUUUCUGUCUUGAAAACCUUUAAAGGAUCCUGCAGUUUUGUAGUUAUGGUACCCAACAUCAACAUUUUGUAAUUAUUAACAUAACCUUGUUAGCAAAGUAUGGACACAUGAUCUCUAUUUCAAUCAGACUGUGCAUUAUAUCACAGUUUUAUAUUUUAAUGUUUACUUGUCAAUUUUGAAAAUGUUGAAGCUGAUUAUAUUUGUUUUUUAAGAGAAGCAUAUAAGAAAAUAGAAACUGUUUGAAUAAAAAGAAUUCUACAUUA